CACAUACUGCCAGGGGUACUUGGGAAGGCCCUAGGGGGUACAUGAGGGCAAGAGGACGAAGCACUGCCACCCACCACCCCGCGCCGCCACCCUGCAAAGAGCAGAGCUGGGGCGGAGAGUGGAGGCAAGGGUAGUGGCACCCCUCUGCAGGCUUUACAGGCACUCCCCAGCUGGCCAGAUACGGGGAGGGGGGGAAGCUUGCAUGCAGUGGCCGCUACUACCCACCACCCUGCAUUGCUGCUGCUCUGCACCCAGCUGUAUGCCACGCACCCCCCCGCAUCUGGCCGCUGGGGGUACACUUAUUAAAAAAAGGUUGAAAAUACCUAAAUACCUGCCCCAGGUCAUAAUAGCAUACCUAAAUCUCUCCUAUACCAUGGUGGGAUACUCUAGUACCCCCCAGGGCCUUAUGGGAACACCUAUCCUUCCCCCAUCCCCAAGGAAGUGUGAGAUACCUACCCCACACCAUCUCCCAGGGCAUUAUGUGACUCCUGCCCCACCCCAUGCCAUUAUGGCACAUGACACCCACACAAUAUUAUGGGAUAUUUGCAUCUUGGUAGGGCAUGAUUGGGAUACCUAGAUAUUUUGUGCUAGUGUACUAUGGGAUAUCUGGACCAUACCCAGAGCAUUAUGGGAUACGACUCCCCACAAGGAUUUAUAGGACACCUAAACUCACUGCCCCAAGGCAUUAUGGGAUGCCUGGAUUCCUCCUCUCUCCCCCAGGGCAUUAUGAGAUGGCUGGAACCCUGCAUCCUAUAGCUUUAUAGGAUAUGAUUAUCUCCAGGGUACUAUAGGAUACCUAGAUAAUCUUCCCUAGGGUAUUAUGGGAUAUAACCUUCUAAGGGUAGUAUGACACACUUGAACACUCUGCUAGAGUAUUAUGAGAUACUGGACUAUCCCUCUGAGUAGUAUUUUGGGAAACUGUGCUCCCUCUCCACAGGCAGCAGAGAUGGCAGAGCAGCGCUUGGCAUGGGCCCAGAAGCAGUCCAUGGUACAUGCUGAGAUGCAGGCAGGGCUGACAGGACUCCUGGAACCCCCUCAGACUCUGCACCAAGCCCAGGUCACCCAACACCAGGAGCGCCAGCGACAGGAGGAAGAAGAGCAGUGGUGGGAGGCAGAGUGGGCAGCCCAGCGCCAGGCAGCAGCCAGGGAGGGGCUGGCCUUGGAGGAGUUAGAGAGCCGUAUCCGGCGGGGAUUGCGCAGGGCGUUAGACUGCUUCAACCGACAGCUGGCUGAGGAGCAGAGGGCCCAACAGCAGCACCUGAAUCGUGACAUCUACACCAGCAUGCCCAUAGUCCAGUAUCACCUCCAGUUCAGCACCAGCAGCCGGUAGGGGGCCCCACCCUGUCCCAGAGACCCCCACCCCAGGUGGGGGGAACCAAUAAAAGACAUUCCCACAGCCAACUCUACCUCUACCUGGUGCAUAGGGUGAAGGGAGAGCCUGGAUGCCUGGGUUUUCUUUAGGGAUUAAGGUGGCAUCCUGGACACCUGGAUUCUCUGGGGAGGUAGAAC